AUGCUUAGAGCGAGAUCUGGGGGGUCUACAGGAUCAAAUAAUGUCCCUCUUGGUCGAAGGCGGUUUGAUGAGGGACCCAACCCUUUGCCGCCAUUGCCUGAUGCUGUAAGCUCUAGAAGCAGAUUUGAUCGAGCUGAUCAUUCAGAAUCUUUUUCUAGUCGACGUGAAGAUCAAUUUUCUGAAGACCGUGGGCGUCGUCGUACUUAUAGAAAGCAUUACUGGGGCAAGCCGACUCCCAUCGAUGAAAUGCUGCCCUCUCAAAUGGAGUUAGAAUUAAGCAUUGCAUCUUGUAUGACAAAUGAACAGGUAGAGUUAUUUGCUAUGAACGUUAGACUUGAAGAAAUCACCCAAAAACUACGCACCGGAAGCGUCGUUCCUCGCGAUAGAGAACGUUCUCCAUCUCCUCCUCCACAGUAUGAUAACCAUGGUCGCCGGUUAAACACAAGAGAAAUUCGUUACAAGAAGAAGCUAGAGGAUGAGCGUCAUCGCAUCAUUGAAAAGGCUAUGAAGACGGUUCCAAACUUCAAAGCUCCUAGCGACUAUCGCCGUCCAGCUAAAACGCAAGAAAAAGUUUAUGUUCCUGUACAAGAUUACCCAGAAAUCAACUUCAUUGGUCUUUUAAUUGGACCUCGUGGUCAUACACUGAAGGAUAUGGAGUCAAAGUCUGGUGCAAAAAUUGCCAUCCGUGGUAAAGGAAGUGUUAAAGAAGGAAAAGGCAAGAGCGAUCCAUCGGUACGUGGUAAUAUGGAAGAAGACUUACACUGUCUUGUAACUGCUGAUUCAGAGGACAAAAUUAGUCAUGCCAUUCGACUUAUUGAUCUCGUCAUUCAAACAGCCGCUUCCACUCCUGAAGGACAAAAUGACUUGAAGAGAAAUCAGCUUCGUCAGCUCGCCACUCUUAAUGGUACCCUUCGAGAUGAUGAGAACCAAGUCUGUCAGAACUGUGGUAAUGUUGGCCAUCGCCGAUACGAUUGUCCUGAACGAGUUAAUCAUACCCUAAAUAUUGUUUGUAGACAUUGUGGAAAUGCUGGCCAUAUUGCACGAGACUGUCCUGUAAGAAAUCAACCUCCCGUAGCGGACGCUGCGGCAGAUCGCGAGUAUCAAAGCCUCAUGCAAGAGUUAGGUGGUGGCUCUAUAGCUUCUGGUGCUGAUCAUCAGCAUACUUUGGAGUAUGCUGAAACCGCUACCGCAAAUUCUGCUGUACCUCCUCCUUGGGCAGCUAAUCCCGGCCCAUCAUCAGAAACUUCUAGUCCAGCUCCUUGGGCAAAAGCCUCUCCGAGUGUUUCUUCUAGUUCUGCUGCAACACCAGCUCCAGCUCCUUGGCAACAAGCGAUGCCCCCUCAGCCCGUGCCUUCUACAUCAACUAAUGGGCUACCUCCAUGGCAACAGAGUACCCAACCAGCUGUUCCCGAUCCUAAUCUACCGGGUCUUCCCCUUCCCGGCAUGCCUCCAGGUCUUCCUCCUGCACCCGCUGUGCCCGGAUUACCAGCAGCUGGAGCAGCACCCGAUAUGAUGACUACUCCUUUGAUGAAUAUUCCACAGCCUCCUAUGCUUCCUCCAGGAAUGGCUCCACCUCAAGGUAUGCCUUCUGCUUUUCCUGGGUAUGCUCCUCCUCCUCCAGGCAUGCCGCUACCGAGUGCUCCAGGUAUGUCCAAUGCACCUCCUGGAAUGCCUCAAACGCUUCCGUUUGGAGCGCCACCGGGUAUGCCUUUACCUCCAGGAACGUCUCCUAAUCCUUAG